GCGCCCGUCGCCCCGGCGCUCUGCGGCCACCUGGCCCUGCUGCUGCUACUCGCCGCCCCCGCCGCGCACGGCUACAGCUUCCCCCAGCAGCACACUAUGCAGUACUGGGCCAGAAGGCUGGAGCAGGAGAUUGAUGGCGUGAUGAGGAUAUUUGGUGGCGUCCAGCAGCUCAGAGGGAUCUACAAUGAGAAUAGAAACCUGUUUGAAGUCAAGGAGAACGUGCCCAGAAAAUUAGUGGAGAAGGUUGCAGGGGACAUUGAAAGCCUGCUGGCCAAGAAAGUCCGUGCAUUAAAGAGGCUGGCGAAUGCAGCAGAGAAGUUCCAGAAGGCCCACCACUGGCAGGACAACAUCCGGGAGGAAGACAUCGAGUACUACGACUCCAAGGCAGACGCGGAAUUCGUGAGUGCUGUGAGUACUGAUGAUCCCGAUGGGGAAGAAAUCGAGCGGGAGAAGUCCAACUCCCUGAAGCUGGAGUUCACCGACGAUGCCAACUUCAAGACCAAGGUUAACUACUCAUAUGCUGCUGUGCAGAUCCCCACUGACAUCUACAAAGGCUCCACCGUGAUCCUCAACGAGCUGAACUGGACGCAGGCACUGGAGGACGUUUUCAUUGAGAACCGCAAGGAAGACCCCUCCCUGCUCUGGCAGGUCUUCGGCAGCGCCACCGGCGUCACCCGCUACUAUCCUGCCACCCCAUGGAGAGCACCCAAUAAGAUCGACCUGUACGACGUGCGCAGACGGCCCUGGUACAUCCAGGGUGCUUCAUCCCCAAAGGACAUGGUCAUCAUCGUGGAUGUGAGCGGCAGUGUGAGCGGCCUCACCCUCAAGCUGAUGAAGACCUCGGUCCACGAGAUGCUGGACACACUCUCGGAUGAUGACUACGUCAACGUGGCCUCAUUCAAUGAAAAGGCAAAGCCGGUGUCAUGCUUCAAGCAUCUGGUGCAGGCCAACAUCCGCAACAAGAAGGUCUUCAAGGAGGAUGUGCAGGGCAUGGUGGCCAAGGGCACGACUGACUACAAGGCUGGCUUCGAGUAUGCCUUCGACCAGCUGCAGAAUUCCAACAUCACGCGUGCCAACUGCAACAAGAUGAUCAUGAUGUUCACGGACGGUGGUGAGGACCGGGUGCAAGAUGUCUUUGAGAAGUACAACUGGCCCAAUAAGACGGUUCGUGUCUUUACCUUCUCUGUGGGGCAGCACAACUAUGACGUGACCCCACUGCAGUGGAUGGCAUGCGCCAACAAAGGUUACUACUUUGAAAUCCCCUCUAUUGGUGCCAUCCGCAUCAACACACAGGAGUACCUGGAUGUGCUGGGCAGGCCCAUGGUGCUGGCUGGGAACCGUGCCAAGCAGGUGCAGUGGACCAACGUCUACCAGGAUGCUCUGGGGCUGGGGCUGGUGGUGACGGGCACGCUGCCUGUGUUCAACCUGACAGAGGACAGCAGUGACAGGAAGAACCAGCUCAUCCUGGGCGUGAUGGGGAUCGAUGUGGCGCUGAACGACAUCAAGAAGCUGACACCACGAUACAAUCUGGGAGCCAAUGGCUAUGUCUUCGCCAUUGACUUGAACGGCUACGUGCUGCUGCACCCCAACCUGCAGCCCCAGAUCAUCAAUUUCCGUGAGCCAGUGACGCUGGACUUCCUGGACGCCGAGCUGGAGGAUGAGAACAAGGAGGAGAUCCGGAGAAGCAUGAUUGAUGGGAACGAUGGGCAGAGGUUCAUCAAGACACUCAUCAAGUCGUUGGAUGAGCAAUACAUCGAUGAGGUGUUCAGGACCUACACGUGGGCUCCCAUCAAAAGCACCAACUACAGCCUGGGGCUGGUCCUGCCCCCCUACAGCACCUACUACAUCCAGGCCAACCUCAGUGACCAGAUCCUGCAAGUGAAGUUACCAAACAUCAAAAUGAAGGAUUUUGAAUACCUGCUGCCCAACAGCUUUGAGUCGGAGGGACAUGUGUUCAUUGCUCCCAGAGAGUAUUGCAAAGACCUCGACUUGUCAGAUAACAACACCGAGUUCCUGGAGAACUUUAUUGCCCUCAUGGAAAAGGUGACCCCAGACUCCAAGCAGUGUGACAAUUUCCUCCUGCACAACCUAAUCCUGGACACAGGCAUCACACAGCAGCUGGUGGAGCGCGUCUGGAAGGACCAGGACCUCAACACAUACAGUCUCCUGGCUGUCUUCGCAGCCACAGAUGGUGGCAUCACCCGUGUCUUCCCAAACAAAGCUGCAGAUGACUGGGAGGAGGAGCCGGAGCCCUUCAAUGCCAGCUUCUACCGCAGGAGCCUGGAUAACAAGGGCUACAUAUUCAAACCACCCUACAGGGAUGAUGGCUACCAGGGGCUGGAUUUGGAGAACAACACCAUUGGGAUCCUGGUGAGCACCGCUGUGGAGCUCAGCAUCGGGGGCAAGACACUGAAGCCAGCAGUGGUCGGGGUGAAGCUGGACCUGGAGGCCUGGGCGGAGAAGUUCAAGGUUCUGGCAAGCAACCGGACAGACCGUGACCAGCUGGGCUCCCGCCGGUGUGACCCCUCGAGCAGCUGUGAGAUGGACUGCGAGGCCAACAACAAGGACCUCAUCUGCGUCCUCAUUGAUGACGGUGGCUUCCUGGUGCUCUCCAACCAGGAGGAUCACUGGUACCAGGUGGGCAAGUUCUUCAGUGAGGUGGACGCCAACCUGAUGUCUGCCCUCUACAACAACUCCUUCUAUGCCCGCAAAGAGUCCUACGACUUCCAGUCCGUCUGUGCCCCUGAGGCCCAGAGCAACACGGGUGCUGCACCACGUGGUGUCUUUGUGCCCACCGUGGCCGACCUGCUGAACCUGGCCUGGUGGACCUCGGCGGCAGCCUGGUCCCUCUUCCAGCAGUUCCUCUACAGUCUCACCUACAGCAGCUGGUUUCAGACAGAGGACAUCAUGGCAGAAGGCAUGGAGGCGAGGGAGACGAGCUGCAUCAUGAAGCAGACGCAGUACUACUUCAGCACCGUCAACGCCACUUACAAUGCCAUCAUCGACUGCGGGAACUGCUCCAGGCUGUUCCAUGCGCAGAGGCUGGCCAACACCAACCUGCUCUUCGUGGUGGCCGACAAGCCCCUGUGCAGCCAAUGCGAGUCCGUCAAGCUGCUGCAGGCUGAGGUCAGGGCUCCCCCGAGAGACCCGAACCAGUGUGAGCUGGUGGACAAGCCCCGCUACCGGAAAGGCCCCCACAUCUGUUUUGACUACAAUGCAACAGAAGAUACCUCAGACUGCGGCCGAGGGGCAUCCUUCACCCCCUCCCUCGGGGUCCUGCUCUCCCUGCAGUUGCUGCUCCUCUACGCCAGCACCAGCCGGCACCCGCUGCCCCCGGCCGCCUGCCUUUAACCCACGCCCGCCGCCCUCCUGUUCUCUCAGCCUCCAUCUCCAUUCCCUUUCCAAGGCCCGGUGGGGUGGGAGCAACCCCCCCACAGCCCCACAGCCUCGGGGCCGCGCUCCCCACAGCCACAUCCAAAGAAGAGCUGGGGUGUGGGCAGGGGCCCCCCCAGCCGGGACGGCGUCCGGCACCCCCCCGGCCACUUGGACUCCAAAAGCCCCCCCUGUCUGCCCCCC